AUGACGCUAACUGGUGCUAUCGUUCUGUUGCUGUUCAGGAAAGGACCACGUGUGCAGGUUCAUUGGCUGUGGCGGAACGAGAAGUUUAAUUAUGUGGUGAUGCAACUUCAGGGCCGUAACCUGGCAGACCUGCGACGUAGCCAGCCGAGAGGCACCUUCACCAUCAGCACCACCCUCCGACUGGGCAAACAGAUCCUUCAAUCCAUCGAAGCCAUCCAUUCUGUUGGGUUUCUGCAUCGUGACAUCAAGCCGUCAAACUUUGCAAUGGGCCGUCUACCAUCGACCUAUAGGAAAUGCUACAUGUUGGACUUUGGUCUAGCACGACAGUACACCAACACGAAUGGAGAGGUGCGGCCGAGUCAUACGGCCCUGCUCACUCAGCACUUCCUGUCCUCGCAAACCAGCCUGAGUUAA